AUGUGUGCGCAGAAGUACACGCUGCAGGUGCCCAUCCUCGAGCGCGACUACGACUCGGUGAGUUGCGGCGGCGGCAGCGUCAGCGGCGUCGGCGGCUACAGCGUCACGUCGUUCGGCGGCAAUGGCUCCGAUCGCUCGUACACGCCCGUCAUCGCGCGCGCCGCGCCGCGCGGCACCGAGCGCUACUCGUACUGCAUCUGCUGCUUCGUGCUGCUCUGCCUCACCGUGCCGACAAUUAUGAUGUGCGGCCUAUUCCUGCUCAACCCGUUCCUGCAGGUGCGCGACUUCAGGCCGACGCGCUGCCGAGUAGUCAACUCGACACUGACGGAGUACAGCCGCUGCGACGCGUGCGUGCCGUGGACGUGCCUGCAGGUGUUUGUCGAGCAUUCGAUGGAGGCGGACGGUGUCGACAACGAGACGGCAGCGUACGCGCUGCCGCCCGUCGCCAUGCUGCGCGACAACGAACAGCUGCUGUUUCAGAACUUCGCGUGCUCCUACAGUCCGUGGAAAAAGAGUGCCAUCUUACAGUACCAGCUGGAUCACGGGGUGGCAGGGCGUAGCUAUGCGUGCCUGAGGGCUGAAACCGACUCCACGCGUGUAAUACGCCAUCGGACAAUUAGCAUGGCGGUCGUCGUCAACGCAAUGGCGUGGCCCGGCUGCACUGCAGUCGUCUGCAUCGUGUCUAUACUCUCCUUUCUCAAGAAGAGAUAUUCCUAGCUGUAACGUUUGUCACCUGCUAGCAUUGUAUGUGGAGCGGAGGGUGCAUGGUGACGUAAGCGCCAUUGUCCAUCUAACGUCAUGACACGAUACUGGCAACGAUGGCAUGCAACGUGGUUAAACAUCACCAACUAGAAGUGCUACAGCGACACGGAACCGUACAGGAUUACCAUACAACAAGAUGUGAUUAUACGGCGCUGAUCUAUGAUGCCGUGUUAUGUGGUCACGCGACUCCAUUUUGGAAUGACACGAUAGGAUGAUGAUUAGUAUAGUAACACGAUACUGAGUAAGAAUAAAACAGGGUUGUAUAGCUCUGUACAGAAGGAUGGUGCGAGCUAGCAGUAGUGUAAACCUAAUUAUUUAGGACCAUUGUGAAUGAUGUGAACUCUGUAUACAUGCUUAUUCCUUGCACUCAAUAUUUUGAUCGGUGUUACAUUAUUUAAUCGUACCUCUAAGCGCAAUACCGAAUAUGACCUUACACGUCACAAUGACGACAACAUGAUCGAACCGUCGUGGUUAUGUAGGUGACAGCGUCAGGGAGACAACAGUGCCCCGCUGACGUCAGCUUUAAGAAUACAUGAGCGUCAUGGAGGAAUUCGCGUCAUGGGGAAGUCAGCGUCGUGUUGAAGUCAGCGUCACGAAAACGUCGGCGUCAUGCUAAACCCAACGUCACAGGAACGUCAGUAUUUCUACCAACACCCCGUCAGAAUCUGAUGUUAACUGUGACGCAUGGCGACAUUUACGCGUUGUAUUGCUCAGUACGAUUUUGCAGAAAUGUUGUCAUGCUGUCACAUUGUCAUGCGGUCACGCUGUCAUGCUGUCAUGAUCUCAUGCGGAUUCGCCGGGAAGCUUUCAUGCUAUCAUGCUGUGACUAUGCUACAUUGUCAUUCUGUCACGUUGUCACGCUGUUACGUUGUCCUACUAUCAUGCUGUCACUUUGUUUUACUGUUACACUGUCACGCUGUCACAUUGUCACGCUGUCACACUGUCAUCCUGUCAUCCUGUCACGCUGUCACGCUGUGGUAUUUUUAUGUUGUCACGUUGUCAUAAUGUCAUGCUGUCAUGCCAUUAUGGUGCCAUGUUGUCACGCUGUUAUGCUGUCACGCUGUCAUGCUGCCAUGCCGCCCUGCUGUCAUGAAGUCAUGCGGUGAUGCUGUCAUGCUGUCAUGCUGUCAUGCUGCCGUGUUGGCAUUCUGUCAUACUGUCAUGCCGUCGUGCUGUCAUGCUGUCAUGCUGUCAUGCUAUCAUGUUGUCAUGCUGUGAUGCUGUCAUGCUGCCGUGUGGUCAUGCGGUCAUGCUACCGUGCUGCCAUGCUGUCACGCUGUCAUGCUGUCAUGCUGCCGUGUUGUCAUGCUGUCAUGCUGCCGUGUUGGCAUGCUGUCACGCUGUCACGCUGUGAUUCUGACAUGCUGUCAUGCUGUCAUGCUCUCAUGCUGCCGUGUUGUCAUGCUGUCCUGUUGCCAUCUUAGCAUGCUGUCAUGCUGCCGUGUUAGCAUGCUGUCGUGCUCUCAUGCUAUCAUAUUGUCACGCUGUCAUGCUGUCAUGCUGCCAUGGUCUUAUGUUGCCGUGUUGGCAUGCUGUCAUGCUGUCAUGCUGCCGUGUUGUCAUGCUGUCAUGCUGCCGUGUUGCCAUGCUGUCACGCUGUCAUGCUGCCGUGUUGUCAUGCUGUCAUGCUGCCGUGUUGGCAUGCUGUCAGGCUGUCACACUGUGAUCCUGACAUGCUGUCAUGCUGUCAUGCUCUCAUGCUGCCGUGUUGGCAUGCUGUCAUGCUGUCAUGCUGCCGUGUUGGCAUGCUGUCAGGCUGUCACACUGUGAUCCUGACAUGCUGUCAUGCUGUCAUGCUCUCAUGCGGCCGUGUUGUCAUGCUGUCAUGCUGUCGUACUAUCACCAUUUCACACUGCCACGCAGUCAGGCUAUGAAAGCGACGUUCCUGAAGAGUACAGAAAAGAUGCUUGUCGAUUUCUCUCGUCCGGAAGAUCGUCAACUUAAGUGUGUAUAUCGAUAGCGUAUAGACUCGAUUGACCGGCAUCGUGCCUGUGCCUGUUGUUAGAGGGCAUCGCUCCAUUGUGCUGGCCGUAUCACUGUACUCAGCAUGCCGAUCCCUCUAUUGAGGUACUCGUAAUAUCCACUCUGCAUUUUCUUUUGAAGUUGAAUCUGUCUCCGGGCACGACAAGCCGACUCGGACGCACACGAGUAAUCGCAAGCAUUGCAAGAGCGACCGUUGCACAGGUUUUAUUUAAUCAGCGCGAAGCUUCACUAUUAUAUCCGCGUGGCAGCGUAUUCUUGCGCAUACGUGGGCUUUGUUAUUGUUAGUCCAGUGGAAUGAAAAAUCGCAAAGCCUCCAUUUCUGCGCAUGCGCACGCUUUGUUACUACUAUUCUAUUGGAAUGAGAAAUAUAAAAACUGA